UAGAAUGUUGCUCACCCCGGUGCGUUGUUUUGCCGUUCAUAUUUGAAGCAGCAUGUUCAACAAGAAAACACGGAGGAACUUCAGACAGCGCAGAGAGUCCAGCGAGGAGGAUGAAGGACAAGCAGGAGGCCGUGAAGACAGUAACCAAACGGACUCGUCGAAGCAUUUAAACGAGCCGCGUAGAGGGAUUUGGUGCAGCUCUAAACCGAACACAACAGCUCCUCAGCAGAGCGCCAGAUCAGACUCCAGCGGAGCGGAGGACUCGGAGGAACCUUCAGCCUCGGCCUCAUCCAGGAGGAGCAGAGAGCCGCCCAGCACUCAGACUCUCAGCUUCACUGAAGAUAAAGACGGUAAUGAGGAAUGUGACUUCAAAGUGAAAAGGUCUAUCAAUAAAGCUGUGAUUUUCCAAGCUCGCAAAAAAGAGGAAUCGCCCAUCAAGUUGACACCUCCACAGCAAAGUUCCAGAGAUGUGGAUCUUAAUGAGUGCUUGGCUAGCAGUGCUGGCAGUUCUGCUGAGGAGAUGCCUCCAGAUAGCGACAGCGACAGCAAAACUAAGUCUACGUCUUCCAGCUCUUCCAACUCUUCUUCUAAACCACAGAAAGUUAACAUCCCUGAUGCCAAGCAAGUCCAUGCAGCUAAGGAGCAGAGGAGGAGAGCCAGAACCCAGCGAGAUUACAUUCCACUGGAUGGUGAUCGGGAAAGCACUCCAGGGUCUGUAGACGGAGAGGAGGACCAGAGCGAUAGGGAACAUGACAGUGAUGAUGAGCCAGACGAUCAUGAACGCAGAAUCCAGUUUGCACCCAAAUCCAGAACGCUUAGAGAACGAAUGGCUCAGAAAAUGGGUGAGAGUGGGAGUGAAGGGAGUGGCUCUGAUAGCCAGGUGGAGGAAGACCAACACCUAUGGGAGGAGCAGCAGAUAGGGAAAGGAGUUAAAAGACACCAGAAGCAAAGCAGAGAUCAUUUCAGGCCUCUCAGGCAGAAGAAAAUGGUUGACAUCCCUGAGACACUCCCACCAGUCAGCAUUGAUAUUAUAAAGAAAAGAAUCACUGGAAAACUGGAAUGUUUGAAGGAAGUCCACAGGGCACGGGAGGCUGAGCUCAGGAGGAUGCAGCUGGACAUGGAGAGUGCCAGAAGCUCUCUAGAGAACCUGGAGAACCACUCUGCUAAUGAACAGCUCCUCUUUUACCGCAGCAUGAACGUCUUUUCUCGGAACCUGCUGGAGUGCCUGUCUGAGAAGAUGGCCUCAAUAAACUCAGUGGAACUGGACAUGCACAGUCUGUAUAUUGACCAGGCAGAGUCGCUGUUAUCUCAAAGUAGGCAGGCAGUACAACAGGAGUCCACACGCCUUCAGCAGUUAACCUACAGCACCAAUACAAACAGUAACGGGGAGGCAUUGGGGACUGGCCCACAUAAAGACAGUGUGCGCUUAGAAGAUGAUUGUGGGAGUGUCCCAGCUGAUUUGGAACCAACAGCAGAGCAAGAGGCAGAGCUGCAGAGCAAAAGAGCUGACAUACUAAAGAGAUCUCAGGAGAUUUUUGCUGAUGUUCAGGAGGACUUCUCUGAUGUGAAGAAAAUCUUGUCCAGGUUUGAUGAAUGGCGGGUCUCCUUUCCAGAGUCUUACAACAAUGCCUACAUUGGUCUGUGCCUUCCUAAACUUCUAGCUCCUCUGAUACGACACCAGCUUAUUGGUUGGGACCCUCUGAAGGCAGAGGGCGAGGAUUUUGAAGCAUUGCCAUGGUACUCUGCUGUGGAGAAGUUCUGUCAUGGGCAAGGCUAUGAGGAAUCUGAAAAUGCUGAUAAGAAAACGCUGCCUGCUAUCGUAGAAAAGACUGUCCUACCCAAAAUUCAAGGUUUUGUGGAGCUUGUGUGGGACCCUUUGUCUUCGCAACAGUCCCAAUGUCUCACAGCACUUUGCCAGAGAAUACAAGAGGAUUACUCUGUUUUUGCUAGUGGACAAAGCAAACCUGCCAAGGCCUUUAUAGAAGCUGUUGUCCAGAGAUUGAGGAGUGCUGUAGAUAACGAUAUCUUCAUCCCACUUUACCCAAAAAUCUAUUUGGACAACAAGUCUUCACUGCAAUUCCAAUUUCAGAACCGACAGUUUUGGUGGGCUGUUAAGCUGCUUGGAAACAUGGCAUUAUGGGAUGGUUUGGUUGCUCAGAGUGUUCUGAAGGAGCUGAUGCUGGACAGACUUCUUAAUCGGUACUUAAUGAUGACCCUUCUCAACGAGUCCAGUCCAAAGCACGUCAUCCAGAAAUGCAAAAAGGUCACUGAUUGUUUUCCAAAGUCAUGGUUUAUGGAUCUCAGUGCUGGAUCAUCUCUACCUCAGCUUCAAAACUUCAGCAAGCACCUUGUGCAGACGACACAUUUGUUAUGUAAAGACAACAAGGACACAGCCAGCUGCAGGGCUGUUCUAUCAGAUGUGGUGAUUCUUCUUGGGACCAUCAAGGCAUUUGAGAGUAUGAAGGCUAUUGCACAAUCCUACAACUGUCAAGAUUUACUGGAAUCACUUCAUAAGUCGGAGUUGUCAUGACGGUGUGACAUGAAAUAUAUUUUUAUAACCAAGAAAUAAAUGUAAUUUUGUGAUGAAUAAAUAGUUUU